CGAGAAGAGGAACUCGGCUUUGUUUCGUCAAAAACUGGUACAGUGGCCGAACCGCGGAGCAAGGAAGAGGAAGAAACAGCAGCUCGAUCCUCUGCCAUCGCCCGAUUGCGUCUCGUAAUGGAGGUUGAACCGGAGGAAAAGGAAUUGAAAGCCGCUGGAGCUGAGCUCCUUACUGACGGACGGCGAGGUCUCCGUAUACAUGGUUGGGAGAUCGAGACUCUCAAGCGCUCCAUUCUUACCUCCUCCAAUUUCGAGCAAUGGGAACAGAAACUUCAGACAUCUCACUUGCCAGAGAUGGUGUUCGGUGACAGUUUGUUAGCUCUCAAACAUAUGAGGACUGGAGUUCAAAUUCAUUUCAAUGCCUUUGAUGCUCUAGCUGGCUGGAAAAAGGAAUCUCUGCCUCCUGUUGAAGUUCCUGCUGCUGCGCAAUGGAAAUUCAGAAGCAAACCUUCCCAACAGGUGAUAUUGGAUUAUGAUUAUACAUUUACAACACCUUAUUGUGGAAGUGAAACAAUUGAAAUAGGUACAGAGAAGCAUGAAGGAGAGCAAAAAUGUGAAGAGAGCAAUGGUCUCUGUUGGGAGGACAGCAAGGAGCAAAUUGAUCUAGUCUCACUCUCACUAAAGGAACCUAUCCUCUUUUAUGAUGAGGUAAUCUUAUAUGAGGAUGAGUUGGCUGACAAUGGCAUAUCACUUUUAACAGUUAAAGUGAGAGUCAUGCCAAGUUGUUGGUUUCUUCUUUUACGUUUCUGGCUUAGAGUUGAUGGAGUACUUAUGCGACUAAGGGACACUCGUAUGCAUUGCGUGUUUAGCAACAGUGAAAAUCCGAUAAUCCUUCGAGAAAGUUGCUGGAGAGAGGCUACGUUUCAAUCUCUUUCUGCAAAAGGAUACCCAACUGAUUCUGCUGCCUACAACGAUCCCAGCGUCAUCUGCGACCGACUCCCGAUCAUAUUGCAGAAGACCCAAAAGCUUAGAAUCCCUGGUAAUUUGUAAACCUGUAAAUUGACAUUAUAUAUCAUUCUAGUUGAUUAGCAUUUCCUUGAUAUUUUUUUUUUGAUGUUGAAGCUUUUAAUUAGAAAAUAUUUAUUCCAUGGCUUAUGUUGGAUGGAAAAUACUUUAUUUUUCCCCUCCAAAAGUGUAUGGUUUAAAAAAGGCUACUCUAGGAAGCUUUACUUUUCCAAACAAACCACUGAUAUGAAAUCUUUGGCACCUUUCUUAGUUGGAUCAUAAUUGAGUUGCCAAUUCAUAGGUCAAA